GUGGGGGACCAGACAUUUGCAGUGUGUGGGUCGUUGCGGUCACACACACACACACACACGUCGUCAUCGUCUUCAUUGCCGUCGUCAUCGUCGUCACAUCGUCAGCCCGAGGGUUGCUACGUCUCCCUCUCCCAGCUUCCCUCACUAGUACCUCCUCCCUCUCAACACACGCACCUCAACUCUCCCCAAGUCCUUUCCAGUAAAAUUAUUUGAUCCAAUACUCUUAUACUUUACCCUAAAUCCUUUACCUUAACCCUCUACAUCCUCCUGCUGCUCCUCCACCCCCUUCCACUGCCUCUCUCUUUUCCCGGAAAAGGGAAGCUGGAGACCCAGCAAAGGGCAGGUGAAGAAGGAACCUGUUGACUGAGGGUGACCACACACACACCUGUUGCUGUGAGAGCACUCCCAGCCACCACCCACACAAGGAAAUCUCUCUUCCUGUGGCAGGAUGCACUUCCUGCCGAUGUGGGUGCUGGCGGUGGUGGGUUGGGUGGCGGCUGCUGCAGCCCCUGGAGUCCUCCCUAGGAACCCUGAGGACGGGGAGGACCUAGGUCCCGCCCUCAGGGACCUAGCAAGACGCAAGAGAGGCAAUGCUAAGUCCAGCAUCCCAUACUCUAACUACAGACCCGUGGCUGGUAUUCACAGGUACCGAUACCCACUCUACCGAAAGAGGUCCUACAGACCCCAGUACGACUACGAGGACGAGGUUCUCCUGCCAGAGGUUGAAGAAGAGGUUAUGGAUUACGAUGACUAUUACCAAGCACCUUCACUCUUCAGAGAGAGGAACCGCCAGCAACAACAGGAGCGCAAUAAGAAAGAGCUUCUUAUGGAAGACGACGGGUACUUCACUGAUGAAUAUAAUCCUGAGCAGUUGCAGCUGACUCCCAGCCGCGUGCCCUUGAGGAAAAAGGACUACCUCUACCACUUGAACAACAUGCCUUACUCUGACCUCGAGCGCCUUAAUUACAUGUACGAGAUGGGAAAGCGCGAUUCCGAUUUUCUCGAUGACCCUCACGACUUCGAAGCACUUGACCAGGCACACGGAGGCCGCAAAACUCUCAUGCCUACACCCACAGAGCAAUUUUACGAUGCAAUUGACUCAAUAAGGAAAAAGAAAGCCAUGUAUGGCGGCAGCUCCUCCUCAUAUGACAUGGAUGACUCUUCAGACCAUCUCCAGAAGCUGAAGAACUUUUUGACAUCUGCUGCAGGGAGAUACUGGAGGGUACGAGACGCCCAGGAGAUGGCCGCCAGGGACCCCAUGAUCAGGAAGAAGAGAGACACUGGCGCCACCCCCACCACCACCACUCCACUGGCUACUACGACAAACUCAAGCAAUACAUCCUCGCCUCAGGCUAAACCAACCACCACAGUCUCCACCCAUUAUCAGGCUCAGCUGGCUACCGACCGCAAGAAGAGAGCCUUCAGCGACUACUUCAGGUGGGAGAAGAGAGGAGAAGAUCCUAAGGACCUGGAUGACUUCCUGACGCGGGAGUAUUUCAAGAGCAUCGCGCGUUCAGUGGGCCAGAAGAAGAAGAGAAUGGCUUACGCUCAGUUCGAGGCUGACAAACGAUCUUCAGGCAUCGAGGAGUUUCUCGAGAACCCGUCCAUGCUGCAGUACAUGCAGGCAAAACUUAAAGAGGCUGAGGAGGAGGUGGCGGAGGAGGCUGAGGCUGAGAUAGCCGGGAGUGGAGACACAGAGAACCUCCUCACCAACAUCGUAGUGCGUCUCGACGCUCUGGAGCGCAUGCGCGAAGCUCUCAGUCAGCUGGAGGAACUACAGCAGCAGGAUGACCUUCAUGUUCAGAGGAAGAGGGCAGAAGCAGUGCCAGCAGCACACAAACAGCAACAGCAGCAGGCGACACAGAGGAGAGCCCAACAGCAGCAGCAGCAGCAGCAGCAGCAGGCGACGCUGCAGAAAGCCCAGCAGCAGGAGACUAAGAGGAGAAAGAAAUCGGAGGGUAACAUGAACCUGGGGAGACUACGACGGGAUAAAGACGAUCUUCAUCAACUUUUUAUGGGUAACACCAGGGAAGACUGUCCGGUGCUAGAAAGGAUCCUGCUGAACUGUGUGGGUGUGAGUGAUGUGGUGGGUGACCAGGAACGCUCCUUCCUUGACUCCUGUCUGCGUCACGAAGUGUGUUAUAUGUGUGGUGCUGGCCUAGCAGUAUCACAACACGAAUGCGAUGCAGUUCUCUCCUCGUCGCUGGAAAAGGCGUGCUCCCGCAACCUGGACUGCUUGAGCGCUGCAGGAAGCACCUUCAACCUGCUGAGCGACGCUGGACGCUACGACCAAGACGGUACCUGCACCCACGACCCCUGUGUCAGACAGUUCCUCGAGUCCCGCUGAGCUGUCUCGCUCCUUCACUGAUGGGGACAGGAUACAUCGAGGCUGCGGAGCUUUCGUUUUAAAUUAAGACUUUGUUUUCAGGUGUGUGUGUAUGUGUGAGAUAUAGAAAGGGCUUUCUUUGUUGGUUUUUGUGGUGGAUUUGAUGAUUUAAAUUGUGACCCGGUGUGUUUGUGAUGGUAAAGGUAGUGAGGUAUGUUGGAUUUUGGAUAGCUAUUGCCAGUGAUCACUUUCUGUGAUGAACAGAGAAAAGUUGUAUUUAGAGAAUUGGUAUAGGAAGUAGUAUUUAUGCAUUAUAGUCUCUUAACUCUGCAGGAAUGAAAAAUGGUGAUGGCUGAUAUGCAAAGCUUCAUUUGGGAUUUUUUAUUUUCAUUUGGCUUUAUGGAACAUUCUGGAGGGAGAUAGAGGUAUGAGCCGUAUCAAAUUUUAGAUUUGUUUUAGCAAUGAAGCUGAACUGGGUAUCCGCUUAAGUCACUGGAAGCUUCAUGUAGCUAAUAUUAAUAUACACGAAGCUCUAUCUCCACGUGGGUCAUUGAGAGGAAAAUAUGUUGGAGAGUCGAACCUUGUCCAGGUACUGAGGGUGUAAACAGGCGGAACAUAUUUUCAUGAAUGACCAAAUUUUCACCCAGUGAAACAGCGAUUUAUGUUUCAGUUUCUCAGGCACAGAGCUUUAACUCAGUUAAUGGAUAGUUUAGGUUUAGAAAAAGAGAACUGCAUCAAUGGUUGAUUUAAUAGGGACAGAUACGAGAUAAACAAAGAAUGUAUGAGGUGCUUGUGUUAGUAAGUCUCCAGUCUCUCUCUCAGAAACAAAGGGAAUGCACUUCGCAUUUAUAUUUAGGAAGUGAAAUACAUACGUUUCCCCUACAAGUGAGUGUAAGAGACAAUAUUCAUGUGUCUAUAAGACUUUGUGCAUUAUAAUCCAGAUAUUUCAGAAUAUAGGCUUGCUGUUUACCCAAGCCUUAUUAUCAGAGCCAAUAGCCGACGUAUUCUGAAAAGCACGAUCAAUUAUCUGCUACUCGAAGACUAUUAUCCAUGUUUAUGUCGCUGUGUGUCUGUCAUUUCCUCCCCUCUGUCUGUGAAGAUUAUUGUAUGGAAUAAAUCAAUAAAUUUCAGAGCCAUGCGAAAUAUUUAUAUGGGUAACGAAACCCUGAAAUAGGCGACACUGUUGUCACAUUUGUUUUGUGCUAACGAGAGGCUUCUGGGUAGGUUUGAGGAAGCUCUUGUGACAGUAAUCCAUCUAUAUUUCUUACUUUUUUAAGU